GUCCAUGAAAAUUUCAAACUGUGAAAAUGGCUAAAUCAAAUAUGGCAGCGCCCACGAAGUUCUGAGCUUGAAAAAAUAAAAAGUCUUAUUUCGGGAAAUAAACAACACUUUAGAAAUGAAACUGGUAUGCUUGUCAAACAACCCCAGUAAGCCAUGUUUUGUGCUGUAUUUCAAAGGGGUAACACUGAUGUUAGACUGUGGUCUUGAUCUUACUCAAAUUCUAAGCUUUCUGCCUUUACCAUUAGUUUCUGGAUCAAGAUUAAGUCAGUUGUCAGACUGGCUGUUGGCUACAGAGAAGUUUGGUAAACAAGGGGAAGAACUGAGCAAUGAAUUAAAAGAAUGCAGCGGUAGAGUAUUUGUGAAUGGAGUUUUGGAGUUCUCUCCCCCUGAGACAAGAAUUGUUGACCUGUCACAAGUAGAUGCCAUCCUCCUGUCAAAUUCCUCGUGCAUGCUUGCUCUGCCAUACAUCACAGAAUACACAGGAUUUAAGGGAUCUAUAUACUGUACAGACCCUACAUUACAGAUUGGAAAGCAGUAUAUGAAAGAGCUUGUAACAUACGUAGAAAGAGUUCCUCGAACAAAGGCGUGUAGUCUCUGGAAAAAAGAUGACAUCAUCAAAAGUUUACCAUUGCCUCUGAGAGAUGCUAUAAACCCGAAGGUUUGGAAGAAAUGUUACACACUACAGGAUAUAGAAUCUUGUCUAGCCAGAGUACAAGUUGUAGGCUUCAAUGAAAAAAAGAAUAUAUUUGGAGCAUUGACAGCCAUGUCGUGUAGUUCAGGGUACUCACUAGGUAGCUGUAACUGGGUCAUACACUCAGAUUAUGAAAAGAUUUGCUAUGUUUCAGGGUCAUCAACUCUGACAACACAUCCAAAGCCAAUAGAUCAAGCACCUUUGCGACACAGUGAUGUUUUGAUAAUGAGUUCAUUGACACAAACUCCACUGACCAAUCCAGACUCCAUGAUAGGAGAGUUCUGUGUUAAUGCAGCUGUAACUAUAAAGAAUGGAGGGAACGUGUUGGUGCCCUGUUACCCGUCAGGUGUGACCUAUGACCUGUUUGAAUGCUUGUCGGGUCACCUGGACAGCUGUGGGUUGAGUACAGUUCCUAUGUACUUCAUAUCUCCUGUGUCAGACAGCACAUUGGCAUACUCUAAUAUAUUUGGAGAAUGGUUGUCAUCCUCGAAACAGUCUAAAGUUUAUCUUCCAGAGCCUCCAUUCCCUCAUGCUGAGCUUGUUAGUCUUGGAAGACUCAGACACUAUAACAACAUCCAUGAUAUGCAGAAUGAUUUCAAAUGUCCAUGUAUUGUGUUCACUGGUCAUCCGUCAUUGAGGAUAGGAGAUGUUAUUCAUUUCAUAGAACUUUGGGGAAAGUCUUCAACAAACACCAUUAUAUUUACAGAACCAGAUUACCCAUAUUUAGAUGCUCUAGGACCAUUCCAGCCAAUACAGAUGAGGGUAUGUUACUGUCCAAUAGACACCAGUUUGAGUUUUUCUCAAGCCAACAAACUUGUAAAAGAUCUGAGACCUCAACAUCUAGUUGUAGCUGAGAGUUACACCACCCCACCCACUUCAGUGUCACAGAGGCCAGAUCUGGUUAUUAGCUCUGAAUCUGCUCCUAUUACUUAUAAACAAGGGGAGGUAAUCACUCUACCAGUGAAAAGAAAGUUUGAAUGUAUAGAGCUGGAUCCCACUUUAGCAGCAUCACUGGAACCAGUAGAGAUAAAACCUGGCUCAGCAAUAUCUAUGGUGAAUGCUUCAUUGGUUGUCAAGGACAACAAAUAUAUCCUAGAGCCUUUACCCACAGACCAGAAGAAACAGAAGAUAGGAGAUAAACCAGUCAAGCCAAAAUCUUAUAUAUUUGGAAGCCUCAAUACCAAAGUGUUUGUUGAUACACUUUCAAAGCAAGGAAUUACGGAUAUAAAACUUGAAGAGAGUGAUGAUGGCUCUAUAAUUCAUUUGCCAAAUGAUGACACAUUGAUACAAGUGGAGCAGGGAUCUACACAUAUCAUGUGUGGUGGAGACGAGACUGUGAGGAUCAAAAUCAGAGACACUUUGUUACAGUGUUUACAGAAAUUAUAACAGAAUCCUUGCCAUCAUGAUUUAACACUUCUCCUAGAAGCAUGACUGUGGCAGCUGAAAUUGUGACAGGUGCGGCAAAGAUUUGUAGAAACAGUUGCAGGGCUUAAAUGUCAUCAAGACACAGCAAGAACUAUCCGGACCAUAUGUUAAUUUAAAAUUACAUUGACCAAAAGGGCAUUUUUCCUGGGAGUAUGUAUUUUAAAAGUUAAAUAAAUGGGAAAUAUAUUUCCCUUUGGAUUCAAUUUUUAAGAUAGAUGUAAUAAUAAAAUCCAUAAAAUAAG